AUGAUGCUAUUCAAAAAGGAUUCAAAGCUUAUCAACUAUCCAAAUAACGAGUGUAUGUCUCUUGUUAAGUUUUAGAUGAAAAUAACCAAAAAAAGAACAAUUCUAGAAAGAAGAAAGAUGAACAUGAAAAUAAGGAAAUUGUUGAAUCCGAAUUACCAUAAUUCAAUUUUAAUACAUUAAAUCCAGAAAAACAAAAAAUUGUUAUUGGAAUGAUAACAGAUUAAUUGAGUGCCAUUUGA